GGAAAAUCUAAAUGAAGAAUGAGGUAUUGAAAGAACAAGCUAUAGAGACACUAAAGUGCAAGAAUAAAUCAGUUUAAAAGUAAGCUUACAACAUACUAUCUUUCAUUCACUAGUAUUUCAUUCAUAUUUCAAAAAUGUUCACACUAGUAGUAGAGAGAAGAAGGCAAAAGACAGUAGCGUGUCCUUCACUAAGUCUACAGGCACCAAUUAGUCAAGCAUUAGCUCAUCAAAUUUUCUUCGCACAACAAACAUGUCUCUGUGUCAUCGACCAACUAGAUCACCAUACGAAAGCUUCCACGAUCAUAAGUGGACGAGAGCAGUGAACAUUAAAAAAAUAGUAAACAGUGUGAGCGUGGAAGGAUCAAGACGAACAGAUGAAAUGUAAUACAACUCGCAGGUUGUUAAAUCAGUGAAAUGGAAGUAUAUUGCUCACGCACAGUAAGUUGCCUUGACAGCAAAGCCUACGGCGUACUAUCAGGAAGGAGACCUCUAGGAUUUCAAAUGAAAGUACACAAGCCUGGCUUGGCUGCAGGGUCAAGGCUUAUCACAGCUAUCGCAUGAACGUCCCAAGCAGCUGAUAAGAAGUCGAGGACGUUUUCUCUGCCUUCGGGGCCUGGUGUGGCAAGCUUCUGCUUCACAGAGGCAUGCACACACACACAACGCAAGAUAAGUCUUCCCAUUAUCCUAGAAAACAGUAUAGUGAAAUGAGAAGUAACACUUUAGCAGAUUUGUGGCUUCUGCACGGCAGGCUAUUCAACAGGAAGAUGUACAGCUCACCCAGGUUUCCCUGAAACCGCAGCUGGUUUUUGAUGCUAUACUGAAACACAGACUUCUCGAACUCUUUCUCCGAGAUUCCAAGCAGCUGUGUGGAUAACAUCAGAGGAAACCAGUGGACUGAAUUUGAAAGUGCAGUGACAGACUCUAUAUUUAUAUUCUUCAAACUCCGAGGCAACUUGUUGGGCCACAAAGGUAAAGUACCUAUCGCUCGAAGAACUUGUACAAGCAGUGACUCAAACGUUUUGUAAUCUGAUCAACGCCAAGCGAGAAUUUAUAUAUAUAUAUAUAUAUAUAUAUAUAUAGAUGUUCGAAGGAUUUCGGUUGUACGGCUUAAAUGAUGAGUGGUGAGGAACACGUGUUUUCGAUAAUUUCUCAUCGAUUAAGAGCAACGUGUAGCGGAGAAAUAAUACGUUUAGAGGUAACUCUGAAGCGUGGGAACGUACAUGGAGGCAAAAGAAACAUUAUUUACUGUGGCCGUGUUCACGUUACUUCGUCUGCUACACAGAAUCUCGUCGUUGACCCGAUUCCGUGCUUCGCAAAACGUGAACCCUAUAGAUAAUCCAUUCAUUAGCUUUUGCAUGCACAUCAGAUAUAAAUUAAGUAGUUUGUAACAUUUGCAGACGACCACUUUAGGUUUCUAUGAACGGGGCCGUUCGUUAUAUAUAUAUAUAUAUAUUAUACCGUAAGUUAUCGGUUAGUUCACAGCCAAACCGCGUAGCCAGUUCUGUUAGCACGCUAUCAAUGACAGAUAAUACUCUUCACUUAAAGUGCAGAUGCCCCAGAGACUCCUAAUCACCUCAUUUUCUUUCUCAAUUAAAGCUGAUCAGAAAGCACAGUUUCGGUCCACCCGAAAGGGGGAAAAAAUAAAGACGAUUAGCAAAUGACAGACCAUGGCGCCUUAAGAUAGAGAGAAAAUGGUUUCGAUAUGUCAGCACUGUUAGUAUCAAAUUUUAGAGCAAUGAAACAAGGUCAAAGAAACGCGCAGCUUUGAACAGACAGAUCGCAAAACAGCUGACGACGUGCAAGCUCACGCGCUUUGCGCUAUCCGGCAACUUCCUCUAGGGACAGUUCCUCCUCAUGAAACUUUCGAUGUCUGCAUUCAUGGCUACGCGGAAGGGAUAAACAGAAAAAGCAAGGCCUAAUACGAGGGCCUGGCCGACCCCAACAUAAUAGUGGAUGGACAGACGCGAAAGGUCCAACCCAUGCUUCGACCCCUUGCAAAGUCCCAGCGGUCCUAGCAGACAGAAUGCUGAGCGGCCACGUCUAACUGAUGACGCCGUCGAUGCCGGAACUCGAGAAGGUGUGGUUUCGCGUUUCAUUUCUGAAACAACAACUUCGUCCUUGACACAGUUUCUGCGUUGCAACGCGGUACGGACGCUCCGGGAGAGCUUCGGCGGACUUCGAAAUGGAUGCAGAACAGGAUAUGUUUCACGAAAAUUCGGUGCCCUGUCACCUCACGGUGCUCGCGCUGCUGGUCUGUGGUGGCGUCGUCCUGCAGUGCCUCUCGGCCGAACCAGAGGAUAAUGCGCCGAAUCGUCUUGAAGACGAAGAAGACCCGGUGGAAACAGUGGUACUGGACACGGCAAACGGUCCGGUCAAGGGAUUCAUCGCGCAGUCGCCUCUCGGAAAGCCAGUGCGGGUCUUUUACGGAAUGCCGUACGCUAAGCCUCCCGUCGGUGAACGCAGGUUCGACCGGGCCGAACGUGUCGAACCGUGGACAGACGUCUUCGACGCCACGGCCAAGCCCAACUCCUGCUUUCAAGUGUUGGACACAUUCUACGGGAACUUCAGCGGCAGCGUCAUGUGGAACGCCAACACGGAAAUGAGCGAGGACUGUCUCAAGCUCAACGUCUGGACACCCGUCUGUUCAUCGUCCGAGGAACCAUUCGCCGUUCUCGUCUGGAUCUACGGCGGCGGCUUCUACAGCGGCACUUCGACGCUGGACGUCUACGACGCUAGGACUCUGGUUUCGGAGGAAAACGUGAUCGUGGUCUCGAUGAACUAUCGCGUAGCGUCUCUCGGCUUCCUCUCCUUCGGCAAUGAGCAGCUGCCCGGCAACGCCGGCCUCUACGACCAGUACUUGGCGCUCCGGUGGGUCCGAGAGAACAUCGCAGCCUUCGGAGGCGAUCCGAACCGAGUGACACUGUUCGGCGAAAGCGCCGGGGCUGUCAGCGCGGGCUUGCACAUCUUGUCGCCGCUCUCCGAACCACUCUUCGCCAGGGCCAUACUUCAGAGCGGAUCGCCCACGGUGCCCUGGGGCUUCAAGGACAGGGCCACGGCUCGGAAAGCCGCAAGAAGGCUGGCUGCGACUUUUGGAUGCCCGGACGGCUUGGACAAAGACACUCUGGAUUGUCUCCGGUGUAAGGACCCCGAAGAUAUCGUGAAAAGCGAAUCGUAUACCGAUGGCAUUGUCGACUUUCCGUUCGCUCCCGUCGAAGACGGCGCUUUCCUACCAGGCACGCCGCAGGCGCUGAUGGAAGCAGGUGCAUUUGCGAGAAACAUCAGCGUCAUGCUGGGUUCCAACGUUAACGAAGGUUCUUGGUUCCUGCAGUACUUUUUCGGACUAUCAGUGACGGAGGAGAACCCGGAAGUUACGGUAGAAAAUUUCACAGCUGCUCUAAAAGCGCUGGAUCCGUCCCUGAGAGGGACGCCGAUCGACAAGGUCCUGGAUAUGUACACAGCCGGUGAGACGCCUUCGACAGCCGCGGAGAUCUUGAAGGCCUUGGACUCCAUAGUAGGCGACUAUCACUUCACGUGUCCCGUAGUGCGGUGUGCAGACCGCUUCGUCCAAGCUGGGAUACCGGUGUACCAGUACGUGUUCGCGCGCAGGUCUUCGCGGAACCCGUGGCCACCGUGGAUGGGCGCAAUGCACGGUGAGGAGGUCGCAUUCGUGUUCGGAGAGCCGCUCGACGACACGCACCGGUACAGCGAAGAGGACAAAAGCGUGAGCCGUCGCCUGAUGCGGUACUGGGCUAACUUCGCCAAGACCGGGAACCCCAACCUUCCGGCAGACGGAUCGUCGCAGUCGACCGAUUGGCCCAGGCGCACGGAUUCGCUCAAGCGACAUCUGGUGCUGGAUGUCAACGAAAGUGUCGGCUGCGCACACCGGGAAGCCUACUGCGAGUUUUGGGAGGACCUACGUCGCAACCAGACCCCUCCGGUCCCUUCAUGUCGAGAAGACUCUGGGUGCGCGUAGCAGACCAUUCCGUGUCGAAAGUGUGCCAGCGUCGUUCGAAAGCAAUACGUCGUGCAGUCGUUACUGACACCUUCUCUUGUCACCGGGACACCUUGGCGUCGAAGACCGCGGUACUGGUGCGCGUUACAGCAAUAAAAUGCGCCGCGGUUCGGCCAGGUGGCGUCACAAGCGCUCCGCGGACAAUUCAAGGCCCAGUAGAGCCCGGGGUUCUUACUCUGAAUUUCGCCAGAUUCUGCCACGGUUGCGUUUUCAGCCAAUCAGAGAGCGCGUGUAGCCACGUUACGAGUCAAUCACAACUGAUAAGAUAGAGCGGCUUGGAACAAUAUGGCGCAAUUCAAGUGUCAAGAGAGUGCUUCUUAACCAUUUACACUCUUUGGGGUGCAAUUGAAUUGAACUCUGGUUUUACGCGCCAAAACCACGAUUUGAUUAUGAGGCACGCCGUAGUGGGUGACGCCGAAAUAAUUUUGACCACCAGGGAAUCUUCUGACGUGUCCCCAGUGCGUAGGACACGGGCGUUUUCGCAUUUCGGCCCCACUGAGAUGCGGCCACCGCGGCCUGGAUUUGAUCCCGCGACCUCUUGCUUAGCAGCGCAACACCAUAGCCGCGACACUCUAAGAAAAGUUUACACCCUUUGAGUCGUACCUUGCCACACAACAAUAAACGCCAUCUGUCUUGUCCGCAUUUCCUUUCUUUAACGCUGCGAGCCCGGUACUUCCCAGUAACGAACGACAUGCACGUUAUCAGCACGACAUAGCAUUGCCGACAGGAAAGUAGCGGGCGCGGCGUUUUCAAGAAAGGAAACGCAAGCAAGGCAGAUGACGAUUAUGUCGUUGUGUGGCAGAUAUACACUCCAAAGGGCGUAAACAUUUUUAGAGUGCAAGCCACCGCGGUGGGUGUGCCCUUUAGGGUGCAAUUUGGUCUUACAAUAGCGAGCAUUCUUGGGCGCAUUUCCUUUCAUCGGUGCAAUGCACUCGCAGUCUUCCGUUCAGACGAACAAAGAGCGUUCCUGAUGGGAACGUACUUUAGGCAGGCAGUGUUAAUAGAAGGGAAAGCUCACGCGAAAUUUGGCGAUUCUUGCAGUGACAAAAUUACACCUGAAAGUGUGUGGGAUUUCAAGAGUGGUGUCCGUAAUACACUCUUAAAACAGUUUGUGCCCUUUGAGGCGUAUCUUGUCCCACAGCUAUAAUAGUCAUCUGUCUUGCCCGCAUUUCCUUUUUUAACGCUGGGAGUCCAGUACUUCCAAGUCACGAACGGCAUGCGCGAUAUAGCACUCUCGAUAGGAAAGUAGCAUGACAUAGCAUUCUAGACAGGAAAGUAGCGAGCACAGCAUUUUGACGAAAGGAAACGCAAGCAAGGCAGAUUACGAUUAUCGUUGUGGGACAAAUGUACACUCCAAAGGGUGCAACUGUUUUAGGAGUGCAACGCCCUUGGCAAGGAGCCCGAGCUUUAGAGCCCGUCCUACGAUGACGUUACCUCGCUCUUGGCUGGAAAGACAACUGUCAUAUGUCAACAACGUUGCCUAGAGGAAAAGCGCAGCACCAGCGGGUAUAGCUUUCAGUCACAGAGAAGCUCUUGCCGUUCGGUCAUGCUGUCCCAGUGGCGCCUAGUUGCGUCCAACUUUCGUGUCUCGAUCCAGCCAGGACCACAACGACUACAGCUUGGUUCCCAGGCUUUAGUGUUUGGGAACAACCUACGCACAGCCAUUAAAAAAAAGGAACAGAUUAUCUUAAAUAGCGCUGUAUUACUAUCAGUUGAGUGCGCGCAGACAGCCCAGUGCUGGAGCUGGUAUGUUCUGUGAAUAUGCAUUAAAUACGUGUACAUACGUUUACAA